UCUCUUCUUCCCGAGAAAACCCUAAUCCCUCAAAUCUCUUCUCAAUCGUUUCUCUUCUUCCCCGAGAAAAUCUUUAUUUGAGCUCAUUUUCUCUCUCGCCUAACAAUAGCAUCCCUGAUUCGCUUAAACCUUAAUUCUCGAGAUCCCUCAAACCCUAACUAUUUCAAUUUCAAUUGGCGGAGAGAGCGAGGAGAACCUUUACCCAACAGCUUUGCUUUUUUGACUCUCUUCCUCUGAAUGAUUUCAAUGUCGUGUAUCUCAAAACCUUUGGAGGAAGAAGAAGAUACACAAAGCAAAAUCAAACUCAACGACCACCACCACUCUUGAUUGUGAAAACUGAAACUACAGAGCUUGAUGAUGAUGAGGAGGAGGAGGAGAAGAUGAAGAAGAAGAAGCUGAAGAGGAGGAGGAUUGGUAAUGGCGAGCUUAUGAAUUUGGGAGUGGAUUCUACUACUUUAAGCAUCUCUGAUACCCCGACUUUAAGGGGAUGUCGAAUCAAAGCUGUGUGUAGCGGAAGCAAACAAAAUGGAUCUUCCCGGAGGAAGAAGAGUUUUGUCAAGAAUCAGGAGACAGUUCUCACAGCUUCUGCUUCAGCUAAGAAAUGGGUCAGGUUGAGUUAUGAUGGUGUGGAUCCUACAGCUUUCAUUGGGCUACAAUGCAAGGUUUUUUGGCCAUUAGAUGUCGUUUGGUAUCCUGGUUCUAUCAUUGGAUAUAAUUUAGAUACAAAGCAUCACAUUGUUAAAUAUGGAGAUGGAGAUGGCGAGGAAUUAGCUCUCCGUCGUGAAAAGAUCAAAUUUUUAAUUUCUCGUGACCAGAUGGAGUUGCUGAACAUGAAGUUUUGUUAUAUGCCUUCGAGAAUAUACUUAAGCUGUUGCAUCCAUUUAUGCUGUUUGUGACCGAGGAUCUAUGGCAGGUGACGUGCUCUCAGUUUCCUAAUAGUAGAUUGACAUGAGAUCGAUUCGAGAACAAAAUUGAGCUUCACUUGAUCAACUUGAAGCUCUUGACAGUCUCGCUCAAGAUAUUGAGAAAUCCAAGUCUGUGAGACUUUUCACGAACACUUGGUCAAAACAAGCUGAACACUUGUACACUUGAACUUGGUGUGAUUUGUUGGAUGUUUUCUAGAACUUAUGUAUGUUGAAACUUAUUUACGGUGAAAUUUAUGUCUUUGUUUAAUUUCAUCUGUGUUAUGUUUUA